AUAGAGGCCUCUACAUUUCUCGUUGAAUAGUGGUACAUGUGAAAAGAAAAGUAGGAAAACAAGUCGGCAUAAAGUAGUGCGUACAAGUAUGUACACAUGCACUUGAAUAAUCGUAAAUGUACAAACCUUUUGUAGGCAGCUAUGUAUGUACGAGUGUGCGCGUGCAUAUAAAUGACAGCACGAUGCAUGCGCUAUGCCUGCGCGAUUUUGCAAAAGGCGUGAGCAGCACCCCUUCCAUGUUUUUGACAGGUUGUAAGGAGCAUUACUGUAAUUAUGUUUCGCCAAAGUGAUCAGUACACGCGUAUUUGCAUUCAUUUUUUAGCGCAUCCCUUUUGGCAAAUCGUAAAAAACUCCUUGGUAGCUUUGGUAGAUACAUGACCAACAUACUUAUAAGCUCACGCGUAGGCACAUGCACGUGUUAAACAAAAUAAGUUACACUCUUCCUUUGAGACAGAAUCAACGGGUUGUUGACUGAGCUUGAAUUGGGAAGGACGCACGCGAAAAGGAAAAAAAAAAAAAAAAAAAAAAAAAAUUAAAUAAAAGAAAGGAGCAUUCUUUCUACCACCCUUUCACAAUUUCGAAGCGACAGCCCACCGAACAUGAUAAAAAAAAAUAUCAAAUUUAAGUCGGAUGAGAAGACUGUAAAGAAAUCCUUCGGUGAGAAUAAUGAAAAAAAGCGGACGCACUUGGAUAUAGUCAAAGACAGAAAGAACACAAGAAGGAGACUUUCAAUCAGCACAAAGGGAGAGCUGCCAAAUGACACGGACGAAAUAAAAAGAAGCAUUCAAGAGUUGAAGGACAAUGAAGACAGGUUUAAAGAAUCAUCGGAAAAUGAUUCGCAUACUAAAGUGGAAAUAACUCCAGUUAAAGAAGAGGAGGAAAAAAAAUCUGGAGAGAAAAAAAAUAAAAUAAAAAAUAGAUCGUCCGUAGCAGGAGUGAGGGCAUCCCAUUUUCAAGAAGACUUCGAAAAAAAAUGUGUAAAAAUUAAAGGUGCGGUUGAUAAAUUAAAUGAAAAUGGAAUAGGCUACGUAUGCAGAAAAGGGUUAAAACCGGAAAGCCCUAAUCAGGAUGAUUUUACAAUUAUCACUACGGAGAAUUUAGCCCUUUAUGCCAUUUUUGAUGGCCAUGGGCCAUAUGGACAUGAUGUGUCCAAUUAUGUACAAAAGGAAUUACCCUAUAUGAUUAUAAAGAAUGAAAAUUUUUUAAAAAAUCCGAAGGAGGUCUUCACUAAUGCCUUCCUAAAUAUUCAUGCCAACAUAGAAAAAACGACCAAUGCAUAUUUGGAAGAGUUUGCCAAUAAACAGAAAGGAAACAGCAAAGAUGGGAACAGCAAAAGACUUCAUAUGAACAAGCAGAGCAGCAGCUCCGUCGUUAGUACACACUUUGAUUUAAAUAUACCCCAGCUGGACGAUGAUGAGGACGAUGACGAUGCUGAUGAUGAUGACAAUUUUAGCGAAGAUUCCGAUACAGGAAACAAAGACAGGUACGCCCACACCGAUAGUGACAGCGACAGUGAUAGUGACCACCACCAUGACAGUGAUGAUAAUGAGGAUCAGAAGAACUCCAAUGCGAAUGUGAAAAAAAGUGAAUCCAAAAAACGUGCGAACGAAAAGAAUACCACCAAGAGCGAGAAAGGACAAACAUUAAACAAGAAAAAGAAAAAAAAGAAGAAAAAAAAAGAAGCCUAUUUUGAUAGUACAAUGAGUGGCACCACGGCAACAAUAAUAGUCCACCUUUUUCAGGAAAAAAAAUUAUACGUGGCUUAUGUGGGGGAUUCUAGGGCUGUUCUUGGCAGGAGGAAAAAAGGAUUCCCAGAUGUUCUGGAGGCCUUCGAUCUGACGAAAGAUCAUAAACCCAAUUCCGCAGCUGAGAAGAAAAGAAUUAUAAAUUCCGGUGGCCAAGUAUUGAAGCUCGAGGGGGACAUACCCUACCGAGUUUUUUUAAAAAAUAAGUUUUACCCAGGAUUGGCCAUGUCAAGAGCCAUUGGAGAUACGAUCGGUCACCAGAUAGGUAUAAUUUCCGAGCCCGAUUUCAUGGAAAUUAAAAUUAACGAAGAUGAAGACAUCCUCGUUUUGAUAUGCAGUGACGGAGUAUGGGAAUUCAUUUCGUCGGAAGAGGCCAUUAACCUGAUCUACGAAUUUGGAUACGACAAUGUUCAAGACGCAGUGGAGAACUUAGCCAAGGAAUCCUGGGACCGCUGGCUAAACGAAGAGGAAAACAUUGUGGAUGACAUAACCAUACAAGCUAUAUAUUUAUCAGAAAAAUGCAAAAAAAUUAAAAAUAAGAAAUAA